UUUAUUAAAUGAACUCUUGAAUGAACUUUAACAAAUUGAAUAACGUGACUAGCAAAAAACUAAAUAUCAACAAUGGCUAGUGGAGAUUCACCCGACGUACCGAAACAUAUGAGUUAUGCAAAAUCUAGAAUACCAUUUAUCGGAGCUUUCUUUGAUUAUAUAAGUACAAGUAUCGAAUAUAUGAGGAGCAAAACGUUCUUUAGAGCGGAGAGAUUGCAAGCUUCUAAUUCAAAGCAAACAUUAUCAGCUACUUUCGUAGCAUUUGUUUGCUUUUCCCUAGGGAUGGUGAGCAAUGUGAAAUUCGAAGUUGUGACGUUUGAUGAAGAGCCGUUGGCAAAUGAUUUACACUUCAUGGUGAUGAGCAAGGAUGAUAAACUGUAUAUCGAUGAUAUUGAUGUGUCUAGAGUGAUGUGGUGCAUCGAGGCUUCUGACGCGCUUGUUAUAAUUUUUAGUACACUAUUGAUAUGGAAUUCAUCAAACGUGCGAUCCCCUCUAAGUGAAUAUCUAUUUCUGCCAUGGCUUGGUGCUACAAUGCGUGGCCUGUGUUUGAGACAGGCGCCGACUGCUGGAGCGUUGAUUUACACCAUGAGCGUGGUCAAUGGAUGCAUCAACCCUUUGUUUUUGACGGCUUUCUCUUUUUUGUUCUUGCUCGAAGCUCGUCUGUGGUUGGAAAUGGCCCGGCUGGUCAGUUUACGUUGGCAGCGCCGUGACCAUGUGGAUAUUAGCGGACCCUCGCACUAUGAGGUGGAGACUCUAUGGAGCAAUGACGACGUGCAGAGCGUUGAAGUUGGCAACUUUGUCUAUUGAUUCUGUUCUUUUUUUAAUUUGAAAUAUUUUUUUUUAA